UGUGGUGUUGAGAGAGGAAGAAGAAAUGAAUUGGAAAGCCUCGCAGAUUUUAUUGAUUGGAGAGUGAAAGUGUGUGGAAUAUUCGCCAGUGGUUGUCUGAGUGAACGAACGGCCAACUUUCCGGUUCCUACUUCUGCUUACACGAUAAUGCUCACAUCUAUUGGAAUAGGGAUUAAGAAAGUGUAGGCCACUUGCUAACGAGAAGCAAACUCAGCUACGACGUUUGAGGCGCGCAAGUGAGGACGAACGUGCCGGUAUCUCAUACUGAGUCGAGCUUCGUGUUGUUGUGACCUCUCCAAAAGUGAAAUCUCGGUUCGGCGACGGGUUGGCGAUACGCUCACAUGGUCUCUAUACUUUGCAGUGCUAUGCUGAUGCAUAUGUGCGGUAUGCCUUUUGGCGAACAUUACAUAAACAGCCACUUCGACUGCACCGAUGAUUGCAUCGAGCCCUGCGAACAUCCUCUGCGUCGGUUCCUCAAGGUCUACAUGAUGGCGGACAGAUACGACUGUCCUACCAUCCGUCGCGCCGUGGUACCACUGGUCAACGAGCAGCUUGAAGAGCACAUAUCACCCCAUGUUGGCGACAGUUUUCAGGAUCUUUCGGGAGAGAUUGUCCAGAUCACAGCUGAGCUUUGUGGUCCCGACUCAUCUCAACUGGCCGAUCCUUUUCUCCGCAGAUCUUUGUUCGAUUGGUUGGCUUACAACUUCGACGUCUGUAUCCAAGAACCCAGUUUCCGGUCCGCGAUCGGACAGGGUAUCCUCCUGGAUGCCCGGUUAACAGCCACGUUGUUGCUCAAAUUGGGCAAGCAGAUCAAGGACAGUCGCAGUCAUUCGCGAGAGCGCUCAUUCAGGCCCGAAAGCUCAAUAGGUAGCAGCAUUUUUGGUCCUUGAGACCGGCAAUGCAAGGAACCACUGCGUGCUACACGGGACAGGGAAGGAGGAUGGAUGGAUCCUUCAGGCGAGCGAUCAGUCUGGCGGCUGUCUAGUGAAAGCAGCCUCGAAUCUUAAGUUUGCGAUCUUGAUCCCGAUUCGUGAAACGCUUGCUUCAGAUUCUCUUCUCAAUGAUAUUCUUUUUCGA